GAAAUUAUAUCCCGGUCCUUUCAGGAGAGCGAGAGUCGGUCGUCUUGAAAAUAGAAUCAAGGAUCCUCCUGCUCAAAUGUAGUGAGGUCACCGAACGGCUCUAACCGGGGAGGUUUUUUUGACAGCCAGACAGCAAAACGGCCGGCAGUUUAGAAGCGGCCGGAAGUGUUUUUCGACAUAAAACGUUUCCAAUUAUCAAGCAGCUUAUUUGGCUGUGUCGAAUAGUGAAGAAAAGUUAUCAUGUCGGAGCAUAUCGGCGUCGUUGGCCUUGCGUGUUUGGACACAGUUCUUGUCGUCGAACAGUACCCCAGUGUUGACACGAAAAACGUGACGAAAAGUUCCCACGAGUUUGGCGGCGGCAACGGGGCAACGGUCGCCAUCGUUGUGCAGCGGCUGCUCGGGGGACGACCGCCCGCAAGACCAGAAGGCCAGGAGGAUCAGCACUCUUGUGAAAAUGACGGGGACCACGACCACACCAGCACGAGUGAAAGUGCGCAGCACACCAGCAAGUUGUACUACAGCUGCCCCCAUCAAGUAGUCGUGCAGUUUGUCGCUCCUAUAUUCAACGACGAAGCUGGUAGGAAGGUCCAGAAAGAACUGGCAGCCGAGGGAUUGUCACUCGCUUAUGCUGAUUUCUCCAACGCCGACACGGGGCGGACCGGCCACAGCUACAUCAUUCUUGACGAGCAGACGCAUGGAAGGACCAUUUUUCACACCACACAGGAGCCCCGGUCAUCGCUAUUACUGCCAGGUGAAGAGUUUUUCCAGAAGUUGAUGCGGCCGUCUACUGGUGUGGCUCCUCGUCGAGCCGGACGGGGAGGAAUUCUUUUCACCGAUGGGAGGUUCGAGGACACUGCACUGGAGAUCCUGAAAAGAGCGGCGGAACUCUUCAUUGACAUUCUCAUAUCAAGAUGAAAAGUCGCGAGGAUCAUCUCUGCUCCCCAUAUGGAAAUGGAAAUCCGUCGUCGUGUGGGAUUUGCAUUUGUGUAGUACGCAAAGCAGCUUUGUGUUUCCGUAGGAGACUGCAGGCACAUGAUCCUCAUCCUAAGCGGCCUGAGCAGAGGGCUUUUAGUGUAGGGGCUCCGUAGCAUGGCAGACCCCCCCUGCGUUGGUUUCUGGCCUUGUUGCAGUAUUACAAAUUCAUCGCUUCUACUAUAACACGGCGUGAGCUCUCUGGCGGAUUUGCCGUCUUGCAAGACAGAGACGAUUUGUGGCCACAGAUCAGCAGCGCAAAUGUUCAGUCGUGCAUCUACUUUUCAGCAUGGGGACCAGGGGGAAUUUUUUGUAACAAUAUCGGAUGGACUGCGAGCGGCUGCGAAGUUCGUGCACCCGGGAGAUGCUGGACUACUGUACGGUCAUCUCAUGUUCAGAGACUUUUUUGACGAUUCUCGAAAACCAAGAGCGCUUAGAGAAGCAGAAGAGAGGACAUCAAAGCGGGAACAAGGACGGUGCAGUUGUUGAAGAUGAUGAAACUCCUCCAGAGCAGGCAGCUGUUGAAGAUUCAGCGUCAACUAUCACCUCCGCAGCGGCACUACCAGAAGUUGUUGCUGUUGUUCUACCUCAGUCGCAGCAAGACAAUGCGAUUGCUCGUGAAGCCUCGGGGCCGGCGAAAAUACAAAAGGCGGCUGCGCAACUGAGGAGAUUUCUUGCGCGCAAAAAAGUUGAAGAACAAAACAGAAGGCUACGCUUCGCGGUAGUCACCCUUGGGGAGUACGGAGCAGUUGUUGGGUGGAUCGCGGACGACCGGAACAAGGAGUGGGAUGAUAGUACACGACGAGAAGCCGGCCCCCCGCAGUUGUCACCCGCACAGCCACUACUUGAGGAGCAUUUUCACAUUUACCACGUUCCCGCCUGGCUACCACCUGGCGCUGCGGUCGUUGACACGUGUGGUGCCGGGGAUGCCUUCAAUGGUGGCCUCGUCUACGCGUACGCGCAGGGUGCCGCUGGUGCCCAGCGAGGGAGGAGCGAGUGCUGGGAAAACCCCUGUGCACAGGUUUUGUUCGCAUCCGCGGUUGCGGGGCACAGUGUGACACAAUUGGGAGCAAGGACCGCAAUACCGAAAUUGAUGAGAAAGAAGGAGGUAGUUCAGGAAUUCGAAGACGUAAUGGCGCAGCUCGGGUGCCCCCUGCGUGUGAGCGACUGCGUGCGCCUUGUACAAGUAGAAGAAAACAAAUCAUAGUCGUGGAUUCGGGCGGCCACCACCACCUCUCUUCUUCAAGCUCUAGUGCUUCAUCCAUUUUUUAUGGUUUAAGGAGAACUUUAUCGCCAGAAAUGAGCCGCUGAGUUUGAUGAGAAGAAGCCUGGAAGUGAAAAUGCAAACUAU